AUCAAUACUUACGUAAUGAUAGCAGACUUUGAGUGGCUUUGGGUAGCUCUGGGUAGUAGUUCCAGGGAUAUCCUUCCUAGAGGGAUCCUUCGAGGGAGCCGUAUUCUUUACAACUAUGGAGGACCCGGCCGUCACUAAUUUCCGCAACUACAUUAGGAUUAACACCGUCCAGCCCAGUCCUGACUAUGUAUCCUGCACCAAGUUCCUAGAGGAACAAGCAAAGGAACUUGAUGCUGAUUGUCAGGUGAUAGAGUGUGUUCCUGGAAAGCCCAUCGUGGUGAUGACACUGUUGGGCCAGAAUCCCAAUCUACCAUCGCUACUUCUCAAUUCUCAUACUGACGUUGUUCCAGUGUUCCCGGACCAGUGGAAGUAUGACCCAUUCAGUGCUCACAAAGACGAAAAUGGGGAUAUUUAUGGCCGUGGCACUCAGGACAUGAAAUGUGUUGGCAUACAGUAUUUAGAGGCUCUUAAAUACCUUAAGAAAGAGGGGCAUCAGUUCCUCAGGACAAUACAUAUUUCCUUUAUGCCAGAUGAGGAGAUUGGUGGUGUGGGUGGUAUGAAAAAGUUUGUGGAAAGUGCUGCUUUUAAAAAAAUGAAUGUUGGCUUUGGUCUUGAUGAGGGAUAUGCCAACCCGACUGAGAACUUCACUGUGUUUUAUGGAGAGAGAGGAGUGUGGUGGAUGAAAAUAAAGUGCCCCGGUCAACCUGGCCAUGGAUCACAGUUCCUGCCUAACACUGCAGGAGCAAAACUGAAGAAGGUCAUCGAUUCUUUCCUCAAUUAUCGAGACCAGCAGGAAAAUUUGCUGAAGGAGAAUCAGGACUUGAGUCUUGGGGAUGUCACUUCUGUCAAUCUUACAAUGCUUGAAGGCGGCGUACAGUAUAACGUGGUGCCUUCAGAACUCAACGUUGGCUUUGACAUCCGCAUCGCCCCCACCGAAGACUUUACAAAAUUGGAGGAAAAGAUCAAAAGCUGGUGCAAAGGUGCAGGAGAUGAUGUCACAUAUGAGUUUGUACCCAGUAAAGGCACACCUGAAGACGGCAAGAUGCUAAUUACCUGCAUAGACGAUGGUAAAAAUCCAUGGUGGAAUGCUUUCUCCCAAGCAUGUAAAGAUGAGGGUGUAAAUCUUGUGAAGGAGAUAUUUCCUGCUGGUACAGACUCCAGGUUCCUAAGGGAGCUUGGUAUCCCAGCCCUUGGGUUUUCUCCUAUGAACCGAACACCAAUCCUUCUCCAUGAUCACAAUGAAUUCCUCAACGAGAAAAUAUUUUUACGUGGUAUUGAGAUCUACAGGACCAUUAUACCUGCCCUUGCUAAUUUGAAAAUUUAAUGACAUCUUAUUUGUGGGAGCAUCAAUGUUGAUGAUCUACACCACACUUCCAUGGUUGGAUGGUUUCACAUACUAAAGAAAAGCUCCUAUAGCUGGCUGAUAAAUACUGUACAUGCAAGCAGUGAUGUAGAAAGAAUGUGGUAAUGAGGUAAUUACUUUAAGGUAUACUGUAGGAAUUUCCUGUAAUUAAAAUUAUGUGUUGUGUGGGAAGACUGAAUGUUAUAUAGGAUUUAAUUAUGUUUUUAAUAUAAACAAUAUUAUUUGUUAAAGUAGGGUGACUUUCAGAGUGUUUAUUGAAUUGUAUGACUGAACAGAAUCAAGAGGGUUUAUACAAAAAUACAAUUUUUGGUAAAUAUCAACCAAUUUGUGAGCAACUGUGAAAUAUUUUUGAAAAUAUGUGUAACUCCAAAAAAAACAUUCACUGUUCAUCCUUGAGCACCUAGUAGUAAUGGGAUAGGCGACACUUUCCUAGCAUUAACUGAUAAUGAAAAGCCAUUUGACCUAUUUUUGACCUUUGGUAAGGAGAUGGUGCCCACCCUGUGGUCCCAAUCCAGAUUCCACCAUUUAUGUUUCUGUGAAGGGUGCAGUUGGGACUUCAGAUUAACUAAAAGGUAAAAUCACCACUCAGUUGCCAGUGUGUAAUCCUGGACUAGCAGACACUGCCAAGCACUGGGUGCCCAUCUGUGCUGGUCACCUUAAUACCUCGAGGUUACCUUGAGGGGCAUAACUGGGGCAUAACUGGCCGACCCCUCACAGUGUUCAAGAGAGAACUGGAUAAGCACCUCCAAAGGAUACCUGAUCAACCAGGCUGUGACUCAUACACCAGGCU